CAUCUUUGCUCAUCUGCACUUGAACUUGAAGAUGCCCAGGACCUUGACAGACCUGUCUGUUUUGCCAGUUCACUUGAAUAAUUGUUUUUAGCGACUGGUAAACCUUAAAGAAAAACAAAAAAGAAAAAAAAAUUAGAAAUAGCGAAUCCAACCGAAAAGAAUGGGCUGUGUUCAGAGCUUCAGGGAGUUGUGUGACCGUCCAAAAAAUACUAAUGUUCGUAUCAGUCUUCCAGCAGUUUGCUUUGUAUGGCAGACAGCAAUGAUCAUCUUGUUUGGGGUGUUUAUUCGAUACAAUGAAGAGUCAAAUCCACACUGGAUAGAGCACAGAAAAGCUAAAAAUAUAUCGAGUGACAUUGAGAAUGACUUCUACUACAGAUAUCCGAGUUUCCAGGAUGUCCACGUGAUGAUCUUUGUUGGAUUUGGCUUCCUGAUGACGUUUCUUAAGCGGUACAGCUUCGGUGCCGUGGGUUUCAACUUCCUCAUUGCGGCCUUCGGUCUGCAAUGGGCACUGCUUAUGCAAGGCUGGUUCCACUCCCUGGACUACACUGAUGGAAAGAUUAAAAUUGGAAUUGAAAACCUGAUCAAUGCUGACUUCUGUGUGGCGGGCUGCUUAAUUGCCUACGGGGCAGUGCUGGGUAAAGUGAGUCCAGUCCAGCUGAUGGUUCUGACUCUGUUUGGGAUCACACUGUUUGCUGUGGAGGAAUAUAUUAUCCUGAAUCUCAUACAUGCCAGAGAUGCUGGAGGCUCCAUGGUGAUCCACACAUUUGGAGGUUAUUACGGCCUUUCGAUCUCGUGGAUGCUCUAUCGUCCAAAUCUGGACCAGAGCAGUCGUCUGCAGGGCUCUGUCUACCACUCAGAUGUCUUUGCUAUGAUUGGCACCCUAUUCCUGUGGAUGUUCUGGCCCAGCUUCAACUCAGCCAUCACAGACCACGGGGACGGGCAGCACAGAGCAGUCAUCAACACCUACCUGGCUUUGGCCUCGACUGUGCUCACUACCGUGGCCAUCUCGAGCCUGUUCCGGAAGCAUGGAAAACUGGACAUGGUUCACAUCCAGAACUCUACUCUUGCUGGAGGCGUAGCAGUGGGAACAGCAGCAGAGUUCAUGCUGAUGCCCUACGGAUCUCUGAUCGUAGGAUUCUGCUGUGGUAUUGUCUCCACCCUGGGAUAUAUCUACCUCACGCCGUUCAUGGAAAAGCACCUGAAGAUCCAGGACACAUGUGGAAUCCAUAACCUCCACGCCAUGCCAGGAGUCAUAGGAGGAAUUGUGGGAGCCAUUACUGCUGCAGCUGCAACAGAGUCAGUUUAUGGCACUGAAGGGCUGAUUAACACCUUUGACUUCGAGGGCGCUUUCAAAGACAUGGUGCCCACCCGGCAGGGUGGUCACCAGGCUGCAGGCAUCUGUGUGGCUGUCUGCUUUGGAGUAGGCGGAGGCAUCAUUGUCGGUUGUAUCUUAAGGCUACCUAUCUGGGGAGAUCCUGCAGACGACAACUGCUUUGAUGACGAGCCCUACUGGGAGCUUCCUGAAGACGAAGAGAGCGUCCCACCAAUCCUGCAGUACAACAACCACAUGCGGAACAAAGAUGUAGCGGAGUCAAAUUUCACCAUGGAGCAGAACUGACGCUAGGCCUCGAUCCUGAUGGAUCUGUCUUUAUCACACACGGGCCAUUUGUUCCUUUUAUUCUCCUGCUGGACAGAAUAAUUCAUUUAAAACAAUUAUUCCUUGCCAAUCAAAGGCAGUUAUUUUUCAUACAGCUAAUAUAUGACUUUAUAUGACUUUUAGGUUGUUCUCUCUUUUUUGUUUGGUUUGUUUAAAGUAAAAAACAAAUCUACCAGAGGGAUAAGAUCUUUUCUUUUUCCACAAGGCAUUUAUUUCCUGUUUAAGUCCACAUAUAUUCAAUAAAUAAAUAUUUUUGUUAAAUAUUAUAUUUAAUGACUGACAUUAUCUUUAGUAGAAUAUUUUUCCUCAUUUCAACACUGACAGGCACGUACAUUUACUGAGAAAACUGCUGUGACCAAAUUACGUUAAACGCGACUGUGUCUAAACACAACCACGGUUCCUUUAAGUGCUUGUGAGAGAAAUAUUUGAGACGGCGUUUUGUAUUAUGUUUGCUUUAGACUCAUUUGAGUUGCACUUUAAGGGUUAGGGUUAGGGAUUUUUUCCACUUCUUAGUUUGUCCUGAUUUUAAAUGGUUUGGGUUUGUUUAACAUAAUGGACUGCAAGUGAAAUUUUAAGUGAAUCCACAGCCACGCAAGCUUAUGCUGACUUUGUUGUAUGUUUAUUUGCAUAGUUGCAGAUUUUCCUUAUUGCUAUUAGAUACAGUAAAAUAGACCUUGAUUUUGUAUGUCUUCAUCAAGAACUUUUACACUGUAUCAUGUUACUGAUUAUGGAUUUUAAAAAUAAGAGUUCUGAUAUUUCUUUGACCUACGUUAUGCUGUGACAGAAAGGAUAUUUGGUAAAACUUUAUAUUAGCCCCUUAUUUAUAAUCAAUUUAUAAACACUUAAUAAUGGUUUAUAACACUAUAAUGAUUUUAUAACACUAUAAACUGUCAACAAUUAUAACUUCAAAAGGAGUUAAUAGGCAUGUCAAUAUUACCUAAACAUUAUAAUGUGUUAUAAACCAUGUGUAAAAUGUUUGUAUACAGCUUAUAAAUGCACAGGGGGGUACUAGUAAAGUGUUACCCAUAACACUUUACUAGUACCCCCCUGUGCAUUGUGUUUUAAUCCACAUUAUCAAUCUGAAAAUUAAAGAUUUUGUCAAAAGCUGAUAUUUAUACAUUUAGACACUGUACACAGUAGAAUAUUUGUGUCAUGCUGUUUUGAAAGGUGAAACAUUUGUUAAUGGUAAUGCAAUUUUGAAAAUUAAUAAACUAUUAUUAAUAAA